GACUGCUCUGCGCGUGGCGGCUGUAAUUUGAUUCGCCUUUAAAUGCCGAGGAACUGCUCAAAGCACGAGGAGUUCGUUGGAGAACGUUUCUCCUUCUCAGUUAGGUAAGGCCAUUGACGAAGAACCACUCAACAUUGCCCCUCUGGCCCUGCAGCCGAGGCCAUAGCGCGCAGAGCGGGGCAGUGCCAUGCACGCGUCUGUCCAUGCGCUCUUGUUCAACGGAGUGAACCAGUCCCUGCUAUUCAGUCCCACGGAUGAACAAACGAUGGAAAUCCAUGGAAAUUCUACUGUCCACCCCAACGGGAGCGACCCAUAUGGAAGAAAUGAAGAGGUCGCUAAAAUCGAAAUUACUGUCCUGAGUAUCACCUUUGUAGUAGCAGUGAUAGGGAAUGUCAGUGUUUUGCUGGCCAUGUACAACACCAAGAAAAAGACAUCGAGGAUGCACCUCUUUAUAAAACAUUUGAGUCUCGCAGACCUAGUCGUCGCUUUUUUCCAGGUCCUGCCGCAACUUUGCUGGGAGAUCACCUAUCGUUUCUACGGGCCAGAUUUCCUCUGCCGGAUAGUGAAGCACCUGCAGGUGCUGGGCAUGUUCGCUUCCACCUACAUGAUGGUGAUGAUGACCCUGGAUCGUUACAUCGCCAUCUGUCACCCCCUGAAGACCCUCCAGCAGCCAACGCAGCGAUCCUACAUCAUGAUUGUCAGCACCUGGAUGUGCAGCCUGGUCCUCAGCAUGCCACAGUACUUCAUUUUCUCCCUUAGCGAGAUCAAGAACGGCUCGGAAGUCUACGACUGCUGGGCUCACUUUAUAGAGCCGUGGGGCGUAAGGGCGUACAUCACUUGGAUAACCGUUGGCAUUUUCCUUAUUCCCGUGGCCAUUCUGAUGAUAUGCUACGGGUUCAUUUGCCACAGUAUUUGGAAGAACAUCAAAUACAAGACAAGGAAGUCAGUCUCUGGUGCGUCUAAAAAUGGUCUCAUUGGGAAGAAUUCCGUGAGCAGUGUCACCAAUAUAUCCAGAGCAAAGUUGAGAACUGUCAAAAUGACUUUUGUGAUUGUUUUGGCAUACAUCGUCUGCUGGGCACCCUUCUUUAUCGUUCAGAUGUGGUCGGUGUGGGAUGAAAACUUUCUCUGGGACGAUUCUGAAAACACCGCGGUCACUCUGUCCGCGCUCCUCGCGAGCCUCAACAGCUGCUGUAACCCGUGGAUAUACAUGAUCUUUAGCGGCCACCUUCUGCAGGACUUCGCGCACUGCUUCCCCUGCUGUCACAAAAUACACCACAGCUUUAAGAAGGAGGACUCCGACAGCAGCCUUCGAAGGACUACACUCUUGACUAAAAUGACUACCAGGAGUCCAACAUGCAGCUCUGGAAUGUGGAAAGAGCUGGACAACUCCCCAAAGUCAUCCAUUCCGUCCAUUCAGGCGGAAUGAAGCAGAGAAUCAUAAUAUACCUUAUUUAUUUCCUUGAAUUGACUUAGAGGUACCACAUCAUGUUGGAAGUGAUAUGUCCAACAAAAGCUAUAAUGCAGUUGUUCAGUCUGAAGAAAAUAAAUCACAAAAUCAUCACUUUGUGAAACAAAAGCUAAGGUUUGUGUAGUGGAGGGUGUAUGCUAUAAAAGUACACUUUAUUGGAUGAUAAUUUUAUUUCCAUUAGCACGCUGGCCACAACAUGCUGAAUAACUUUUUCAAUUGGGAAACCAUCAAAUCUUAUGUGUUGUAAAGAGUUUAAAUGUGCAUGUAGACAGGUCAGUGUUGCGUCAUUCCCAGUAUGGACUGCUAUACAUUGAUUUCUGUGACAGUCUUGGAAUUCAUCCAGCUGAGCUCAGACCUGAUUCCAGAUAACUAUGAGACAACUAAAACAUAGUGGCUUUUGUAAUCAGUAAUUCUCUUUAGGUGCCGUUUUGACCAAUAAGUCAGUCAAGAACGUAUUCACCCACUGUAGGCCUAUAGUGUAUGAAUGCUAAUUUCAAGUGUGUGUGGUGAACUUGCCCCCUAUGGGCAGAUUCAGCCUGAACAAACUGCUGAAGCUGAACUGUUUACAGAGCCACACAGGCGGUAGUGAAGCUGUGGACCCCCAGGCUGGUGUGUUGAACAUUAUUCUUCCACACACGUUUCCCAGACACUGACAGUAGAAGGGCAUGAAGGUGUCUAACAGUUGUAGUUUGUUUUCCUGUUCUGGCUCCUAAAUCAAUGGUCAUUGGUUCACCAAUGUCAGACCCAUCGUUCGAUGGUUGACAUUGAAAUACCAUCUCUUCCUUUAUAAUCUUUAGCAUCUGCAAACAGAACAGAUGUGACUCUUGAGAAUAACUUAAAUUUCCGUGUAUGGUUGUAUAUACCUGCGUGUCUG